AUGACCGACGAUAUCCUUUUGAUUCCGGGCCCCAUAGUGAUUAGUAAAAAUGUACAAGCCGCCCUUGGCACUCCUUCAGUGUCACACACCAGUGCCGAAUUUGCAUCGACGUUUUCUUCAGCUUUAAAAAAUGUACGUAAGGUGUUCAAAGCUGGCGAUAGCGGACAGCCAGUUGUACUUGCCGGAUCAGGUACCCUGGGGUGGGACAUUGCCGCGUCGAAUCUUGUUCAACCCGGUGACAAGGUGCUGGUGCUCUCAACAGGAUUUUUCUCCGACUCAUUCGCCGAAUGCCUGAAGGUGUACGGUGCGGAUGUGGAUAAGAUCACUGCCCCACUGGGUGACGCUGUACCAUUGGACGCCAUACGAGAUGCAUUGAGUAAAGUGUCCUACAACAUGAUCACCAUUACACAUGUGGACACUUCAACUGCUGUUCUCACCGAGUUGGAGCCGAUCUGUAAAGCAGUCAAGGAAUUGUCGCCAGAAACUUUGAUUGUCGUGGAUGGAGUAUGCUCUAUCGGAUGUGAGGUAUUUGAAUUCGAAAAGUGGGGUAUUGAUUACGCUCUCACGGCAUCUCAGAAAGCUCUCGGGGUACCUCCGGGACUCAGCGUUUCUAUGCUCAGCGAUAGAGCGGUGAAAGUUGCCCAAGAGAGGCCUUUUGAGUCAUCUUUCUUCGCAAGUCUCAAGAGAUGGCUGCCAAUCAUGGUAAAUUACGAGCAGGGCAAGCCCGCAUAUUUCGCGACACCUGCUGUUCAGCUAGUGAAUGCACUGGAUGUGUCACUUCGAGAAAUCUUGGACCAGGGUAUCGAUGCACGAGUCGCUAAGCACAAGCAAACAAGUGACUGGAUUAAGGCGAAGCUCACCAAAGAGUUGGGUUUGAAAUUGGUUAGUGUCAACGACAAGGUCUCUGCACAUGGUCUCACUGCUGCCUACACCGAGAAUCCACCAAAGGUCAUUUCUGGUGUGAAACAACAUGGCAUUGUGAUUGCAGGCGGCAUUCACAAACAGAUCAAGGACAAAUAUAUCAGAAUAGGGCACAUGGGUGUUUCUGCCUGUGAUGACUCUAGACAAGAUAUGGAAAAAUGUUUCGAAGCUAUCAAGGAAAGCUUGUAA